AAAGAACAAGAGGAGGAAAGAAUCUAUUUUUGUUAAAAAUAUAUUAAUUCAUUACAAUUAUAUUUUGUGAUUAUAACACAUAUUUUUAGAAAUUCUAAAUUUGUUUUUAUUAAAAAUUAAAUGUAUAAUAUUGUAAUUUACAGUUUAUUUAAAAAUUUUAUUAAUAAAAUAUGAGAGUAUACAACUCUACCGUUAAACGUAUUUUGGAUUUUGUACCGGGAAAAAAACGUUUUGGACUAUAUCGAUUUCUACCAGUGUUUUUUUGUUUGGGAGCUGCCUUGGAAUACUCGAUGAUAAAUUGGACUGUUGGAGAAACAAAUUUUUAUCGUACUUUUAAAAAACGUCAAGCAAAAAACUACGUUGAAGAGAAACUGCACCAUAGCAUUACAACGGACACUACUCAAAUUUCUUAAAUUUACACUGCUUUCUUUAUCAGGAUGCCUGCUGGUGUGUCGUGGGGUCAAUACCUUAAAUUUAUGUCGUGUGCUUUACUAUCAAUGAUGGCCGGAUCUCAAUUGGUCCAUAUGUACUACAAACCCCUUCAAGAUUUAGAUUCAUAUAUUGAGCAGGAAAUGAAACAGGCCAAAAAAACGUAACGGAAAUUAACAUAUGCAUGGGUCUAUGAUUCCAAAUUUGCUGUAAAUAACGACUUAAAACGAAAAUAUAUAUAUGUACGCUUAUACCACAAAUAUUUUUUUUGCGGAAAACAAGAUUUUAACACAAAUGUGUCUGCAUAUACCUAUGUAGGUUUGAUAAAAUAAAAUACAUUUGCAAGUAA